AGCAGUCCUGCAUAAUGGCUCGACAGAGGUCACCUGGGCUCGUGAGGUGUUUUUUGCUCUCCUUCAGCUUAUUGAGCUCGGCAGGAGUUGUGAAGACAUCGCUCGCCGCAUCUACGGCGACGGAUUCCAGUGGCUCAGCUACGCACUCCGUGUUGCCUUCGACCAGCCUCAGCAGCUUCCCUUCCGCUCCUACACAGACUUCUGCUUCUAUUGCGAGCCCUGCAAGCCUUGUGAAUUUAUUCAUUGGAACGACCAAUGGUGGCCAUGUCUUCCCUGGGGCAACUUUACCACACGGAAUGACAAAAGCUGGGAUGGAUACGGACUCUCCGGGGAACCAAGCGGGAUACGACGCCAAUCCAACUUUCAACGUUACAGGGUUCUCGCAGCUGCAUGACGAUGGAACUGGAGGUGGCGUUUCUCUUUCUCUGUUCAAAGUCUUUCCGUUUGCUUCUUGUGGGCCAAACGAUAAGUUUGAACAGUGCCCCACCUCUUUGGAGGGCCGAAAAGUCUUGCGGAAUGUUCUAGAUAAUGGGUCCCCGGAUGACUUCGCCGAACCCGGAUACUUUUCUACAAAUUUGUCUACGGGUAUCCGUGUCGAGCUUACAACGACAAGGCGCACAGCAUUACACAGAUAUACGUUUCCUGCCGGAACCGUCAACCCCAGGAUUAUGGUUGAUAUCACAAACGACGGCGAGCAGAGCAGUACCAAUCCUGAAAUGUUGUUGAAUGCAACAACUGCUCGGGUUACAGGGGCGGCAUCCUUCGCUGCCUCAUUCGGUCCAGGAAGAUACCGCGCGUUUACCUGUGUUGACUUCAUGGGCGACGGGUUUGAGCUAGGUCCGCCAACGCAAUCUGGUGCUUGGCUAGGAAACUCUGGCAUCCAGCAGACCACCAACCUCAAUCAACUUUACUUCGGCUUCGUAUCCGAGCUCGGAGCACUCUUCACCUUCGCGCCCAAGACAGACAAUAGCAUCACAUCCAUCUUUGCACGAGUGGGCGUGUCAUUCAUUUCUGCAGACCAAGCCUGCGCGAACGCAGAGUCUGAGAUACCUGAUUUCAACUUUGAUGGUGCCCGCCAGGCAGCCUUUGAUCAAUGGGAUGAGCUUCUCGGGCGCAUUCAAGUCGACACUACGGGCGUGGACGCAAAUACAACGCAAUUGUUCUACAGCUCAUUGUACAGGACGCAUAUCUCCCCAGCCGACUAUACUGGAGAGAACCCACGUUGGAACUCGACCGAGCCGUACUACGACUCGUUUUACUGCAAUUGGGAUACGUUCCGUACCCUUUAUUCGCUCAUGGCCUUGCACGACCCAGUUAACUUCUCAAGGAUCGUCCGAGGAUUGUUGAAUAUUCAACAACAUGAAGGCUGGCUCCCGGAGUGCCGAGGCGCAACUGCUAAGCAAUUUAUUCAGGGUGGCAGCAAUGGGGACCCAAUUGUUGCUGAGUUCUUCGUCAAGUACCACGAGCAUCUCGAUACGCUCAACGUCUCCGCUACCGCCCUGUACGAAGCUCUGAUCGCUGAUGCUGAGGUGCAACCCCCGAACUGGGACCUGCAAGGCCGACAGGUUAACAUCUGGAAGACGCUUGGAUACAUUCCAAGCGACGUAUGGGAACCGUCUGGUACCAACACUAAGCAAGUCUCUCGUGCACUGGAGUACGCUUUCGGCGACUUCGCUAUCUCGCAGGUCGCUAAGAUUAUGGGGAAUACUGCCGAUGGAGCGAAGUAUGCCCAAAGGGCGCAGAACUUCGUCAACAACUGGAACCCGAACGUCACCGUCCCUGGCCGUGAAGACAUCAAGGGUAUGAUGCAGCCUCGCUUCCUUAAUGGCACCUUCAACUUCACCGAUCCAAGGCACUGCAGCGUUAACGAUCCCUUGCAGUCCACAUGUUUCCUAGACGCAGUGAACACAGACGGUUUCUACGAGAGUUCUCCAAUUGUGUAUUCACAGUUUGUCCCACAAGACACAGCGAAGCUCAUAGAAUUGCAAGGUGGCACGGAGAAGUUCGUUGACAGGCUGAAUUUCAUUUUCGAAGAGCACUACUUUGAUGAGACAGACGAGCCGUCGCAGCAAAUUCCCUUCAUGUACCACUACGCAAACCAGCCGGGCUUGAGCACACAAACAUCUCGCCAAACGAUUGCACAAUUCUUCAACACUUCGGUCAAUGGGCUUCCCGGAAAUGACGACUCUGGUGCAAUGGGGAGUUACGUCGCCUUCUACCUCCUGGGAAUGUACCCAGUACCGGCUACUCGACAAUUCCUACUCUCGUCGCCGUACUUCCCCGAGGUCUCCUUCACGAACCCCAUCUUCGGUAACGCGACCACGAUCCGGGUCAAGAACUUCAGCGGCAAUCCGGCGAACGGCACCGGAGGAAAUGUCUUCGUGAAGUCUGUGACCAUCGAUGGCCAGCCGUGGAAGUCGAAUUGCUUCAUUGACUGGGACGCAUUUCAAACUGGAUCGACUAUCGAGCUGGAAGUGACGACAGAUAUCAGUGUGUCUUGUGGCGCGAACGCGAACUCUCUGCCUCCUUCCCUGUCCACGGGUGGAUUCGAUUAGACUGCUAACACGAAUACGCACGAGAUGGUCUGCUUAACAACGCCUUUAUUUUGCGCCGCUUGCUUCAAGAUAUAAGAACAUUUGUGAGGACUUUCUAUAUC